AGGUUCUGGUCUAAAUCCCCUAUUAUCUCGUCGAGUUCCCGAAUUUCAUAGAGUUGGUUCCCCUGCCUUCUCUGUCUAAGAAGAAAGACCAGCAGCGCCGUUCUAGAGCCGCCACCCGCCAUUCGCCAUCCACUUGCCGAAACCGAAUGUCGAUCGCCCGCAUAGUCCUGCGUCACCAGCGAACAUCUCCCACUUACGCAUCCGCUUCUCGUUUUCUUCCUUCAACGCGCUUUGGCUUAGGCCUGCACUUCUUCUAGCCUCGCGAUAUUCUACAAAUGCCUCUACCUUUCACCGCCGAUGUCUCCGCGGUAGCGACGUCGGCCGCCACGAGCAGCGUCAGCCUCUCUCCGACGCCACUAUCAGACAUGGCUAUCCUCUUGACGGCUACCACAUCUGCAAUAGCCGCUGUGGCAACGUCCGUGGCCAGUGCUAGUGAUGGGAAUGACGGUGAUAAAGGAGGCGGUGGAGGUGGUGAAGGCGAAUGCAGUCUGCUCGGGCCCUUUGCGCUUCUUGUUCAGCUAGCCCUCGGUGCCCUUGCGCUUCUUUCGCUGGUCUUCAAGCGCUGGCGCGAGCGACCGCAGAGACCGCUCAAGAUAUGGUUCUUCGACGUGUCGAAACAAGUUUUUGGUUCCGUUCUGGUGCACAUGGCCAACAUAUUCAUGUCGAUGCUCACCAGCGGUCGGUUCUCCAUUCAGAUGGAGCCAGCGGGUGUACAGACGGCCGCGAGACUGUUGCGAAGAGCAGACGUCCCUUACGUUCCUAAUCCUUGCUCUUUCUACCUGUUGAAUCUGGCUAUCGAUACUACCAUUGGUAUUCCCAUCCUGAUAGUCCUUCUUCGCGUGAUAACUGGUCUGGUCACCUACACACCUUUGGGCAAACCAUAUGAAUCAGUACAGUCUGGCAAUUAUGGUAAUCCACCAAGCGCUUGGUGGUGGCUGAAGCAAUCCGUUAUCUACUUCUGUGGUUUGUUUGGCAUGAAACUAUGCGUAUUGAUCAUAUUCUUGAUAUUACCUUGGAUUUCACGCGUAGGAGACUGGGCACUGAGGUGGACCGAGGGUAACGAGCAGCUUCAAAUAUUUUUCGUCAUGAUGCUAUUCCCUUUGAUCAUGAACGCUCUACAGUAUUAUAUCAUUGACGGCUUCAUCAAGCUGAAGGAGACAGGCCAUGAGAGGCUACCCCAAGAGGAUGGCGAUGAUCGUGAUCCCUUCGAUGAUCAUUUCGGCGACGAUAGCGACGAUGAGUCGAUUGGCAACGAGAGCAACGACAGUAUUUCGUUGUCCAAAUCGGCGACAUCCAAAGUUGCACAAAAGGGGAGCAGUAAAAAUGCUCGAGAGGAAUAUGACCCAGAAUUAGAUGGCCAGACGGUUGUUGGAAGCAGUAGAAGCCAAGAGGAAAGGGACAAGUUGCUCACGAGAGAGUUAGCUCCUCACGAGUAAUUGCUCCACAUACAACAUGCAUGAUCAAACAGGCGUUUGGCGGUGUACUUUGCUACUCAACGGUAUUGUAACAGGACCUGUAAUAUUUUUUGGGCGUAUAUAUCGGUCUACAUUGCUAGUAACAACAUAGGAGUCAUUCAGUAGACAGAAUACAUAUGGAGUCUUAGAUGCGAGGCACGAGGCUUUCUUCACGCAUCAAAUUGGGUUAGUUAAUCGCUCUGCCGCACAAUUGCACAAUGCUGCAUACCAACAGAUAAAAAGAAAAAUCCCGAGACCAACUUUGAAGAUUAUUUGCUUCACUCCCUACCUCAUUUGUACCGAUUUUAUUGCUUUCU